UGAGGACAGUUCUGUAAACUUAUUCUUCCGGCCCGACAACAUUGAUGAGUUAAAGCAAAUUUCCAAAUUAAAAGUUAACCACCUUUUUUUCAAUCAAAAUCAAAAAAGUAAUGUUUCUUUUUUACAUAACAUUGCCUCUGAUAUUUCAGGUAAACAACUUGAACUAUUCCACA